CGUACCUACCGUACAUUUUCCUUGAAAUAUUAUGUUGGUUUUAAUGUAAUAAAUAUUAAAAUUAUUUCAGUACCAUCUGAAACUUUAUAUACGUGAGCCCAAUUAUUACAUAUUGGAUCUUUUACUGUUGUAAAAAAUCUUAGGACAGAAACCAUAAUCAUGUAUGCAGUAGAAAAGAAAUUUGAAAUAGAAAUGAAGCUAAAAAAGGAAAUGACCAACAUACAAGAACUGAAGGCGGCAGCAAAACGUAGCUCAACUCUGGCUAGCGAUGUGUGUAAUGUUCUGGGUGCCUGUGAGCAACGGCUUCAGCAGUUGGAGACCGCUGUCCUACCUCUGUAUGGAGAUACAGCGAGGUUACAACAGAUACAUCAAAACAUGGAAAAGACUGUGACUGCUCUGGACCAUGUAAUCAACUACUACAUGGUCUCACGAGAACUGGCAGACCUCAUACAGGGUGGACCUCACACCGCCUCAACGGAAUCAUUAAAUGUUUAUUUAGAGGCACUAGAUAAACUGGCUGAAGCACAGAAUUACUUCAACAAGAACAACCCACAGAGUGUUGAAUUGGAGAAUAUUAACCAACUCUACAACACUGGAGUGCUAAAGCUGGAGAGUGCAUUUGAGGAUCUCCUCAACCGAAACACUCGGCCCGUCUCACCGACCUCACUUAUGGACAUGAUUGCUUUGGAAGAAGACUCUAGCGUGGACAGCGUGAGUGUGAGCAACAGUAACUCAUCCAGCACCGCGUUGGAGACGAUGCGGGCGGCGGCGACGUGGCUCAGCGACGCCGGCCGCCCGCCCGCUGGCCCGCUGUUGGCCAUCCGGGCGCCAGCAGCACUGAACUCGCUCGUGGCCUUCAGGGACUAUCUCAAGUCCCGCUCCAUGGCUGCGUCGCCGUUGAUGAGAUCUAAAAACAUGCUCAAUCGUAGUGACAGCACUCAAAGGAGGACCAGUAAAAUACAAAAAGUGUUGGAGAAGCGGGCAAUCAACAUAAUGAUGAAGGCGUCUCAGACUCUGGAGCAGUCGACGGGUCUUGCGAUCGGUCCUCGACGCUCUAUCAACGACUCCAGCGGGGAGGAAGGCGGUGACGAGGAGGCGGAGGCGGCGGGCACGCUAGCGGCGGCGCUGUGCCGGCUGGCGCGGCGCGAGCAGCGGCACGCGCUCGGCCUGGUGCCGCUGCCGCGCCUGCCCGCGCUGCUCGCCGCCAUGACGCGGGAGCCGCUGGCGUUACUCGCGGCAGAGGUGGAGCGGGCGUGCGGGCGUUCGCGUCGCGCGGCGGCGAAGUGCGGCGCAGGGGCGGCGGCGUGCUGGGCGCUGCUGUCGCGCCUGCAGCGGCUGCAGCCGGACGUGGCGCGCGCUCUGCAGCCCGCCUCGCCCGCGCCCUACACGCAGCUGCUCAACACCGCCCAGCACAACUGCGUCCGCUCGCUGGAGGAGUGGGUGAGCGGCGUGCGCGGCGACGGCGAGGCGGGCGCCGUGGACGGCACCGUGCACCAGCUCGCCGCCAGCGCGCUUGCCUACUGCCACGCCCUCGCGCACCACGCCCACGUCAUCGGGCCGGCGCUGGCGGCAGAGCCUUCGUACGCGCGCGCCGCUAGCCAGUUUCCAAACGUGCAGGACAAAAACGCCUUGAUGCUUUCUUUGUAUAUGCGCAAAGUGCUGGCCCAACUGAACCUGUCGUUGCGCAGCAAGAGCGAGCAAUACCCGGACGCUCUAAAGGCGAUAUUCCUGCUCAACAAUACGCUCUACUUACUGCAGGGUCUGCAGCGCAGCUCUCUGCUCGACGUGCUGUGUCUUUCGGAGCCGGAGUGCGAGGCCACAUACCGCAACAUGAUCGACGACUACAAGACAGCAUAUCUACAGAGCUGGAACAAGCUGCUGUCUCACCUGACGCUGGAGGAGCAGCUGCCGGCCAAGCUGCGCGACAAGGACAGACAGAUGCUCAAGGACAAGUUCUCGGCGUUUAACCGCGAGUGGGAGGAGGCGUGCCGCGCCCAACGCGGGUACAGCGUGCCCGACGCGGAACUCCGCGAGGCCCUGAAACAGGACAACAAGCAGGCGCUACUGCCGCGGUACACCGCGCUCCACGACACAGAUACGCGCUCGCGCCCUUCUCCAAGCACCCCGAGAAGUAUGUCAAGUACACGCCAGUGCAAAUUGCAACUCAACUAAACGGCUUUUUUGACGAAGCAGCCUAGAUAUUAUUAUGAUGAGUAUUUUAUUAAUAGUAUAACUAUUUAUUCCAUUUUAGAUCAUAGGUGCUCUGUAUGCAAUAAAUUAUAUUUUUAUUAUCACAAA